GAAGUAGAAAAGGGGGUUUCCUGGUGCAGGUCCGCUUGGCGCUGUCGCUUUGACAGACAACCACAUCACAAGAAUGUCACAACUACCGAUUAAUUUAAUCAGAUUUGAAUAGAAAUACAACCUGGAAGUGGUGUUAGUUGCGGAAAAUACGCUUUGGUCUGCCACAGUCAACCCAGAGCGAAAUUAGCGAACAACAACUAUCUAUACGUAUACAGAUAAAAAGCAGCAUGGUACAGCCCCAGACAGACACCUGGGAUAUGGCCGGGGACGAGGGAGGCGGGGCUCUCCGGGUUCCACCUGAGCUGGCAGCCAAUGAGGUGGUGACCAGACUACUGGGAGACAACCAGCAGCUCCGAGAGGCGCUGCAGCGCAGCAACCAGGCCCUGCGUCAGCGCUGUGAGGAGAUGGAGGAAUGGCAGCGAAGGUCUAGAGAAGAGAGAGACUUCCUCAGCUGUCGUUUCCAGGAGGCCCGGGCGCUAGUGGAGAGACUGGCCAGGGAGAACCAUAGCCUCACCAGCCUGGCCAGCCACUCCAACCCCGGAGACAACCAAGGCCUGCUGAUCAACGGCCCCAGUUUCAGCCAGGACUCCUGCCCCAACUCCACCAACUGCAGCUCCAAUGGGGGUCCUGGGAGGGGAGGGGAGCAGGAGAAGAGCUCAGAGACCAACGGAACCAUGGCAUCCUCACUGCCCUCAGAACAAGGGAACGGGUUUCUCCAGCUGCUGAAGAGCCACAAAGAGAAGUUGGAAGAAGGGAUGAGAGAUCUGAGGUUGAGGAAUGAAGAGCUGGAGAAAGAGAGGGAUGAGGGAAAGCGGGAGAGAGACUGCCUUCGUCGCUCAGUUGAGGAACUCGAAACCAAGCUGGUUCGGGCGCAGAGCUGUGGUGUUACCGAGGAAACGGUUCAGCAUUCCGAAGCCCCUCCCCCGUCUGACAGCUCCCACCUGGCCAAACUCACAGAGCAGCUACAAGCCACACAGUGCAGGUACAGAGAGCUGCAGGAGAAGUUAGAUUCCCUCCAGAAGAGUUCAGCUCAGAGAGACAGAACUGAAGUGCUGCUUAAACAGAAGGACAAAGAAUGUACCCAGCUGGCUAAGGAUGGCGAGGCGCUGAAGGCCCAGGUGACGUCUCUUCUGGGUGAGCUGAGAGAGAGACAGAGCUGUCUGGAGCAGAGUCAGCAGGACCGCAACAUACUGGACGACAAGCUGAGCAGUACUCUGGAGGCGUUGGCAGCAUCAGAGAGAGAGAUGGAACAACAGAGGAAGCAGCACUCUGUGACGGUAGACAAACUACUGCUGCAGACACACAACCUGGAGACUGCCCUGAAGACUGACCGCCUGGUUAUUACUGAGGAGAGGUACACACACACACACACACACAACCUGGAGACCGCCCUGAAGACUGACCGCCUGGUUAUUACUGAGGAGAGGAGGAAGCUAGCCCAGCUGCAGCACGCCUACACCUGUCUGUUUAAGGACUACGACUCCAAACUCAAGACUGAGGGAGGAGACAUGGUUGUUCGUCUGGAGGAGGCAGAGAGAGCUUUGGCUCUGAAACAGGAUCUGAUUGACAAGCUGAAGGAAGAGGUGGAGCAACAGAGAGGAUCUCUAGAGACCGUUCCUGUUCUGACUGCCCAGGCUGAGAUCUACAAGGCAGACUUCCUAGCGGAGCGGGAGGCCAGAGAGAAGUUGAACCAGAGGAAGGAGGAGCUUCAGGACCAUCUGAACAAAGCACUGGCUGAGAUGGAGCGUCUGAAACAGGAGGGGACCUCACGGGCUCGUAUGGAGGAGAUGCAGCAGAGACACCUGGAGGACUUCAUACCACGACCCAACAUCCCCCCACAACCAGGGGUUGCCUUUAACACGGUUCCUCCCCCUUCCUCCUUCCGCAGCGUGGGAUUGGCUGCAGGAGUGGCAGGGGGUGUCUCUGGAGGUGGGGCUGAAGAGCUUCCUGACUACCGCUGUCCAAAGUGCCAGUACCAAGCCCCCGACAUGGACACACUGCAGAUACAUGUCAUGGACUGUAUCCAGUAACACACACACAAUCGCACAGUCACUCACACUAGUGAUGAGUGGGGCAGUUGUUUGUUCACCCACACCUGCCUGCAGUUGCUAAUCACCCAUCACCAAUCGCCCGACUACAUGUGAUAAAGAGAAGGUCCGAGGCCGUUACCCGCUAAUAUAGAAAAUACGCUGAAGGCUACAGUCAAAUAUUGCAUAACGAUUAUUUUUAUGACAGGCCUUUUUAUAUAGGACUAUGUUUCUGCUUCUUACCAAAGUGUGUAGGCUUAUUUGUUCGUCAACUGAUGUUGAAUUAGAUACAUGCAGCUACUCUUCUGUCAUUAUGUUAACCUAGAAGACAACCCCUUACUCACCAGAAUGUCAUAAAUCAAUAGAAUGAAUGCUUCAAUAUACUUGAUAUCGGUAAAGUUCGUUUUCUCUUAAAUCUGCUUCUGUUACACAGGAACGGCGUUUAGGGACCGGGGAGAAAAUGCAUAACCCCCCCCCCCCUGUAAAAUACAUGAAGAAAUUUCUGUUCAAAAUUUCCAAAUGAAAUCAGUUUGACCAGUUUUAAAGGACAUUAAAAGAUGUUAAAAUAA